UCAAAUGGUAUAACAAUAACUAGUAGCGCUGCCAAGCACUAGAGUGUACUUGCAGAGCGCAGAGAAAGUGAGUUAGUGAGAAAGGGGGGGAAAAAUGGAGACAACUCCUCAGCAGCAAGGUGUGGUGAAGAAGAAGGAGACAAGGGGCAGAAAGCCUAAGCCGAAGGACGAUAAGAAAGAGGAACAACAACAUGCGAAGACUGCGAAGGAAGCGAGGAAAACACAACAGCAACAACAACAGCAGCAACAACAACAACAUCAACCUUCGGUGGACGAGAAGUACACACAAUGGAAGUCCCUUGUACCUGUCCUCUACGACUGGCUCGCCAACCACAACCUCGUUUGGCCCUCUCUCUCUUGCCGGUGGGGCCCUCAGCUGGAACAAGCUACUUACAAGAAUCGCCAGCGUCUCUACCUUUCCGAGCAGACUGAUGGUAGCGUUCCAAAUACUCUGGUUAUUGCGAAUUGUGAGGUUGUGAAGCCUAGGGUUGCAGCUGCCGAACACAUUUCACAGUUUAAUGAAGAGGCGCGGUCGCCAUUUGUUAAGAAGUACAAGACCAUCAUACAUCCAGGAGAGGUGAACAGAAUUAGGGAAUUGCCUCAAAAUUCUAAGAUAGUGGCUACUCACACUGACAGCCCUGAUGUCCUUGUUUGGGAUGUUGAAAAUCAACCUAAUCGUCAUGCUGUCCUUGGAGCUACAAACUCUCGUCCAGAUUUGAUAUUGACUGGACACAAAGAUAAUGCAGAAUUUGCUCUUGCAAUGUGCCCAACUGAGCCCUAUGUGCUUUCAGGAGGAAAGGACAGAACGGUGGUGUUGUGGAGUAUUGAAGACCAUGUAACAUCGGCUGCAUCGGACUCCAAAUCUGGUGGGUCAAUUAUCAAACCAAACUCUAAAUCUGGGGAAGGCAAUGAUAAAACUGCCGAUGGCCCUUCUGUUGGACCACGAGGUGUUUACUGUGGGCAUGAGGAUACUGUUGAAGAUGUGACUUUCUGCCCUUCUAGUGCACAGGAGUUCUGUAGCGUUGGAGAUGAUUCUUGUCUCAUAUUAUGGGAUGCACGUGUUGGCUCCAGUCCUGUGGUAAAGGUUGAAAAAGCUCAUAAUGCUGAUCUUCACUGUGUUGACUGGAAUCCCCAUGAUGAUAAUCUGAUUCUUACUGGGUCAGCUGAUAAUUCUGUUCGCAUGUUUGAUCGCCGCAAUCUUACCUCUAAUGGAGUUGGGUCUCCUAUCCAUAAAUUUGAGGGUCACAAAGCUGCUGUUCUUUGUGUUCAGUGGUCUCCAGACAAAUCAUCUGUAUUUGGAAGUUCAGCAGAAGAUGGUCUCUUAAAUAUUUGGGACUAUGAGAAGGUUGGUAAAAAGAUAGAACGAUCUGGAAAAUCACCAAGUUCUCCUCCAGGGUUGUUUUUCCAACAUGCAGGUCAUAGAGAUAAAGUAGUUGACUUUCACUGGAAUGCAUAUGAUCCAUGGACGAUUGUUAGUGUGUCUGAUGACUGUGAAAGUACUGGCGGUGGGGGAACUUUGCAGAUAUGGCGCAUGAGUGAUUUGAUCUACAGACCAGAAGAUGAGGUUUUGGCAGAGCUGGAGAAAUUCAAAUCUCAUGUGGUGGCGUGUGCUUCAAAGUCCGACAAAUGAUAUAUACUUCGUAGGCAUUGAGUUCUUUCUUGCUUGCUUGUGGUCUAGACACUGGAUAUCGUUCUUGCUGUUUUGUUUAUUCAAUCUACUUUUGCUGUGGAUGUUUUUUAGCUUUUUAAAACCACCCCGUGUGGGCUGGAGUAGGUAAUCUUAGAUUGCAGCAUAGAAUGAUAUGAGGAUUUGUGAUUGUCUUCUCAAAUUGUUAUAAUUAUGUUUACUGUUUGAAGAUUA